AUGAAGAAUUCUUUCAACCGACAUGCCAUAGGAAAGAAAAUUUCUUUGGACUAUUCUCGUCAUCUUUGCGAUGAUUCAAUGACAGUAUUAACUAAAAGGCCUUCUAGAUCCUUCAGUGACACUGCUGCCAUCGAGUUUAUCAGAAGGAGAGCUCUUCAAGAAAGCACUGACUUUCAUGAAAAGGAUCCAAGGUUUGUUAACUCGGCGAGCACUGAAAGAAUUUAUCAACAAGUUUUCAAUAAGGACCAGUCAUUUCUUAACAAGUAUAGAGACAAGAACUUAAGGGUAGAGGCACACGGCCUACCAGAAACGAAACGUCCCGGCUGGACAAGUAGUUCGGACAGAAAUUCAGUCGUUAACCCGGCGAGCACUGAAAGAGUUUGUCAACAACAAGUUUUCAAUAAGGACCAGUCAUUUCUUAACAAGUAUGGAAACAAGAACUUAAGGGUGGGGACACACGGCCUACCAGAAACAAAACUUCACGGAAAUACAAGCAGCUCGGGAAAAAAUUCAGUCGUUCACGCGUUCACAAUAACUAGCAACGAUGACGAAACUCGAUCAUGUUGUGAUUCUGUUUCGUCGAUCAUUUCGAGUAACUUUGCUAGCCCUGACGAGAAAGGACAAAGAAAAAGCAAAGUUAAUGGCCUUCCGGAUAAAAAAGAAAAGUUUGAUUCCAUAACAACGUGGCUUGAGAGCUUACCCAGACCAGUUUUAUAGUUUGUAUGUUACAAAAGCUGAAAGAAACGGUACAAGCAUGCUUGUAAAGAUCCUCGAAACCACCCGAGUAGAACAUGUGUUAACAAGGUGGUCGUCACUUGUUAAAUUUUAAAAGGGUAGCAUCAGAUCCCGUUAAUCUGAUGAAAUUACCUUUUUACCAGAAACUAGAUUUUUGUUUCAUUACACUGAGAAAUACCGAAUUCUUUUUUGAUGUCUCUCUGAACAGUACUGUAAACAAAACCAUAGAAUUUGUUUUUGCUUCAGGCCAUAUGCUAACAGGUCUUUUGUUUGGUUUAAGAGUCUGAAAUUCCAUGUGGGUCAUUUUGAAUCAUCUAGAUCAUUUAUGGAAAUAAAAACCGCUAAAGUCACGAAAGGAAGGUCAUUUUUGACGCAUUACACCGCAAAUCGUGUCGGCCGCCUAACAAAAUCAAUUCAACAGUCUUGAUUGCAGAAUAGUUAUGAUGGCAUGAUUUCGCCAAUUAUGACUUUGGUUUUAUUCAAUUAGAACUUUAAGCUCAAUACAUUGUCAUAAAAUACAAAUAAAACUUCUUCCUGCCCCUUGUUUUUAACAAACCGAUUUUAUUAAAUUGAUACAACGUUCGUACGUAGCCUUGUUAAAGAAUUCUAGAAAUUGGUACCUUCGUAGUUCCGCAAAAUCUUAAUUAAUUGUUUAACUGUUAUUGAUGAUUUGAUAGGGAAAACACUUGGGUGAUUUUAGUCCACCGCCUAAAAAUUCUGCUCCACUGAGACGGUUUGGACGAAUUAAUGGCACUAAAACGAGCACGCAGACAACAGAGUAAAUUUGUCAAACUGAUUUUGCAUCUUUCAAACCCAUAGAGAUGAAGCUUACUUUACAACCAAUAUUAUUGAGUCAAAAUUAACCCCGUAAUAUUUAAUCAGCUUUAACAAUCUAAGCAAAAUAGUUAUCCAUCAUAGAAUCAGUUGAAAAGAUGUCCUUAUCAUUUUAAAUGGAUAAACAGAUCCUUCAGUAUCAAUGAUAGGGAUCUGAAGCCCACAGCGACGGGGACGCGGCAAAAUAGUAGAUUCUGGGUAGAACAAGAGUUCAGCACGUGCGUUUUAAAACUUUUUACACUUUCUUGGUCGUCUGCUGCAAAAAAAAAAAAGCGUUAAAUCACCAAAAUUUGCGUGGUCCCAGAACGAUAACUCCGACGGCAGAUUAUUUAAGUUACCAUUGGAAUCAACCCUGUACAUUAGCGUUAUGCUGAAAUCAAUUGAGGUGUGGCGCUUUGAGAGAAGGUAAACUCAUCGGCCAUUCGUGAAAUUCGUUCUAAAAAAAUUCAUUGCGCAGAACACCUAUUGUUCUCGCGACGUUUACUAACAGUAUCGAGAAAAUAUAGAUCUGUAACAUGAGCAAGGAAGCGCAAUCUGGAGACAAAGAUUACGCGGGCUUUCCUACUCAGGAAAUAGUGCUUUAGCUCAUUAACUGUUCAAGGCGGAAUUAAGAAACAAUAGCUUAGAAAGUUAUUGUUUAUGCUAUUUGUAAAUAGAAUUAGAGAGAUGGUGAGUUUUGAGCUUGGUAAAGAAAUAGAGAAAGAUGUUUAUUGUCUUGUCACGAGCGUGGGACAAAAAUAAAUUUUUGGGUCCCCAUGAGGAAUCGAACUUCUCACCUUCGGAUUCCGCGCUCCAAUGCUCUACCACUGAGCGAAGUCAAUUACAAAGUUCCUAUGACGCGCGUCCUGCAUACUGCUAGGAUUAGCAAAGUCGAUAGCGUCAUGUUUGUAAAUAGAAUUAGAGAGAUUGUAAGUUUUGAGCUCGCUAAAGAAAUAGAGAGAGAUGUUUUUCGUCUUGUCACGAGCGUAGGAUAAAGAAAAAAUUUUAUUUACAAACAUGACGCUAUCGACAUUGCUGAUCCUAACAGUAUACAAGACGCGUGUCAUAUGAACUUCGUAAUAGAUCUCCCUCGCUGCAGCGUUGCUGUGGGUUAGUGGUAGAGCAUUGGAGCGCGGAAUCCGAAGGUCUGAGGUUCGAUUCCCUAUGGGGACUCAGAAUUUCUACGCUCUUUUCAGAAAUUUUACGCUCGUGACAAGACGAAAAUCAUCUUUCUCUGUUUAUGCUCUUGUUAGGAAAAAUCACACACUACGUGCUCGUGUUACACGCUGGAUGAGAGUUCGAUUUUGAUACUGACGGUUACAUAUUCAUCUCUUUCUACAUCUUACUCAACAAACACUUCGGUUCCAUCAUUACCCGGAUUCGAUUCGAUUUUCAUCGGAAAAAUUAACCUGCACGAUUUUUCUAUAAUAGUAUUGACGUAAUGAAGUCUUAGAAGUCACUUUGACACUUGUUUCUACGAAAGGAAAAAAAAUGUCACACACGUGUUGAGUUGAAUCAGGGACAAGAUGUACUGCCUUCUAUAGCUUUUGUAUUUUCUUUUUUUUUUUUUCAUUAGUGUCAAACAUUAUUUACAAGGCAUUGGUUAGUUUUGAUGCUGAACUGUUUUUAAUUAUUUGUUGUUUUUCCACCAAAAAAACCUGUCGCUUCUAUCAUUAAUUCCUUUUCGCAAAGCUGUUGUAAACCGUUUCUUUCAGCUUCUCUUGAUCAGUUUCAGCACCAAUCACCGAUCGUGUACCGCAUUGUGAGAGGAGGCGGAGCUUAGAGAAAAUUAACGUACUCGCGGGAGACUUGAAAAAGGUCUUACCGGAGCCCUUUGAAGACAAAUUUAGCGGAAAAGCCGAGGCAAUAAGCGACGUUUCUAGUGAAGGUACAAAGGGCCUCUAUUAUCUCUCUUCUUCAAAAGCCAUAUGGUAAAAGUGGUUUAUUCAAAGUGACUCAAAUGAAACUAAGAUAAAAAUCGCCCCUCUGAUGAUUUUAAGGCCGUUUUCUCUAUUGUUUGGCGCGCGUUCCGGCAAUUCAUUUUCAAAUUUACCACCGGUAAGUGUUAACAAGACCCGGAUGUGUCGCAGCAUUCUGGGUGAACUUGAAUUCGUUUUGAAAUCGGCGCCUUUCUUAGCGUUGUCGUCCUGACUACUUCAGGUCCAUAAUGAUAAUAAUAAUAAUAAUAAUAAUAAUAAUAAUGAUAACAACAAUAAUGAUAACAAUAAUGAUAAUGAUGAUGAAGUUAGUAAUAAGAAUAAGAAAUAUCUUUAUUUCAAGUGCUAAAAUCUAUUUUCAAUGAAAUCUGUAAUUCCCUAUUUUUUUAUAUAUGUCGAUAACAAUAAAAUUAUAAAUAUAAAUACACUACUAAUAUGUUUGCUAAGGAAAAAAACAAAACAUGUUUAAAAAUCUGUUGACUUUGAUUGAAAUAGGUAAGAUUUAUCUAGGCUAAAAUAUAGCAAUAAAGAAUUAAAGGCUGGUAUUAAGAAAUGUAAAAAUUGGCGAUAAAAAGACCUAGGAGAUGGCUCCUUCAAUAAAGUCAAUAUCAAUGUCAUUGUUCUUAAUGUCACGCUGAACUUUCCUAAUGUUCCCAGAGCCUCUUAUACAGACAAGAGCAGAUCGCAAAAGCGCAAAGAGGAUGGCUGUGGAAAAUUGCUCUUCUUUCUUUGAAGCAAUGAGCUAUGCCACUCUACAAUGAAACCUAAGGCAUUCUUUCCCCAUCCCACCCGUUGUCGUUGAAAUCCGGCCGGGUGAGUGUUCCCUGUUCCACAUCAAGCACUCUUCUAGUACUAAUAAUAGAUAAAGAACUAAUAAGAGAUAUUAAUAAUAGUAGUAUAAUCAACUUUAGUUAAACAGGGGAGAACACAUAACACUAUAAAAAAUGAAAAGCCACUGCACCUCGCAGAUAAUUAAUUAUUAAAAAACCUAAUCAAGUAUCUAUGUUGAAAUGACAACCCUAAAAUAACUUAAAAGAAAAGCUAAAAGUAGGUAAAGCUACAGCUGAUAAUCAAAACAAAGAGACAUUCAAAACAUAUUGAUAAAUAAUUCAAUUACAAGAUAAUACAGUCUGAAUGCUCCUAACCGUUUUUGAAAUGUUCAAAAACUGACUUCCUGAGGCUAGCUAGAUUCAAUUCGCUCCCGAUUGUGACUUUUGUUGUUAAUCCAGAGACUUGUGGUCGACACAUUGAAAGACCCUCUCCCUCUGUCUCCCGUUUGAAUUGAGGGAAGAAAAGAUUUUGUAGACCAUAUCUGCUUGAUCUUUCAUCGAAAUCGAUAUUUCUUUUGCGUAUGGAUAAAAAAAGGGUUACCCUGUGUAAAGCCGAAUCUUUAGUUUGCGACGUAUUAAUUGGCUUAAACCGUUACUUGCUUUCAAACAUUUAGAAAAUGUUCGCUUUGUUGAUCGCAAAUGGAGCAACUACGUCAUAAGUAAUUAUUCGUCUGAGAAUGUGUGACGCACAUACUUGCAAUGGCCAAUUAAAAGAUGAACACGAAAUAUAUUUGAAAAAUUUCUUUUAAGGGUUUUCUAACUUACGAAAAAAAAAAUAAUUACAGGAUAAUUGAAACUAUAUUAGGAAAAAUAAUAUUGUAAACAAUCCUCCUGUAGGGACCCUACGUUCGAGCAGAUACAAGACCUAACUUGAAAUACAUCUUAUUCACUCUAAGGAUUCUGAGGCGCUGGGACAAUCCCUGAAAUAUUCUGGUUUUCCAUGACGACAUAGCUAAUAUCAGAAAUUAGCCUCACGGAAAAUUACUCUGACACAUCGGUCAACCCUCUGAAGAAUGUUCAAAGGACUUCAAAGACAAGCGAUUAGUAUUUCAAGGGCCAAGUUUUUCUUAUCUUGGUCUGCUCCAAAGAUGUCAAACAAAAUUAAUCACGAACUGAAAUCUCCAUUUUAUCUCCAACUUUAAAAAGAAGACGUGACAAAAAACAUGUGCACAUCCGGGCUACAAAAUUUGACGUAAAAUUUCAUGCAAACACAGCAAACGAUCAUCUGUUUUCUUAUGUCUCUUGUUAAUUCCCCCAGAAAAUCGCUCAAGAAGGAAACAAAUGCAUUGUGUGAACAACGAUUUCCAAAGUGCGAAAGAAUUGGGUUUCUAUAGUAGCUGAAUUUCUGUUCUUACUUUCAAAAUGCCUUUCCGCUGCAAGACAGUAAUAGCGCCGCGAAAAGUGUAGAAGAAAUGGAAGCAGUUUUACAAAACUAAAACCCAUUUUCCUUGCUCUACACAUGGCUCUUGACUGAAUGGCUCAGAAUUGCAUCAGCCUUAUGUCUCUAAGAAACGGAUAAAUACAGAAGUAUUCUGGGUCGAUUCACAGAAAUAGCUCGAUCACAUUUACGAUAACUAAACGCCACUCGAAUUUUCUUCCUUUAGAAAAUAUGUCUUCCCUUAAGAGCAAAGUAAGUUGAUAAAUCGUAGGCUUUUUAUUCACCACCAGAAUGACCAUUGCGAAUAUUCAUUUUAUCCCCAUGGCGUGAUAUGACUGUCAAUCAAAUCACUGAAUCAAUUUGACGCACCGACUUCGUCACACUGAAUAAAAUUAAUGAUAAUCGAUUAUGUAAUUCAUAAAAAUCCAAAUAGAUUAACUUUGUUCCCUAACUGCGGAAGCAGAGAGAUGUCUGUUAACAUCUUAAGCUAAAGAGAUGACAUCAAGAGAGAUGUUAGCAAGGAACGACCGCUUCUCCAAAUGGAGACAGUCAUUAGACUACUCGAGACAUCUCUGCACUGUAACUAGGCCUUCAGCAUCACUGAGAGGUAAUUCGAUACAAUCACUCAAUACCGUUGGAGCAGCAAAACCCUUUGGAAAUACUCACUGUGGCUCAUUAAACGACGGCAAGAAGAGGAAAGGACAGUCGACUAGCUCAGGAAACGACAAAAUUGAUCUGAAGCAAACUCAAGCUUCCAAGCUUCGCGGCAUGCGAAGUGCUCACGACUUUUCACUCAGUCUGCGGCCUCAUACAGGCAGAAAACCAAGUCGGAUGCCUUCAUAUGAAGGAGGUGAAGAUGUUUAUGGAGAAGAUGAAGAUGAUGCAAGUUCUCUUUGUAAUUCUGUUUCGUCCAUUGCUUGCAGCAGCAUAUUGGACGUGGAUAAACCGGAAAAAUGGAUCAAGGAUGUUCAUAAGUCAGUUGAUAAACUAACAAAGUUUCGUGCUGUUCAAAAUUGGCUAAAAAAUUUACACAAACGGUUUUAA